AUGUCGGACUCUCAACAACAGACUCGAUGGCAAAGAUGGAGUUCUCGGACGUUAAUCUUCCUCCACUGUCGACCAACCCUGAUCGUCGUUAGUGUCCUCAUCGUCGUCGACUGUCUGUCCAUCCUCGGACAGAUGAUGAGCGAUUUGCACGCUAUGAGGAUUCGAUUUCAAUUGGAGGAGGAAAACGUGCAUUUAUUUGAAAAACAUUUGAAAAUGGCGUCAGCCAAUCAAACCUCCUUGGACAUGGAAGAUAUCAGUGACAUCAUGCUGUUUUUACGGGAAAACAUGGAUGUUGUGCUGAGUGACCGAUGUUCUGACUACUGUGAUCGCCAAACCUCGUCUUCGGAUUAUAAUAAACAAAAUACAGAGAAUACUAAAUUGCCUAUAUUCGAUAGAAAUUCUUCUACAAACGUUACCAUAGAAACCAAAGAUGUUUCUUGUAUUAAAUCAAAUCCUAUAUGGAUACAAUUCAACAAAGGCGCUGAGGCGUUAUAUGUUAUUGGCGAAAUGGGUGUAAAUUUAAAGCGUCUUGAUGAGCACGAACCGCACGGAAUUCUGGAAGAUAUUGAUGUCGCCAGAGAAGUUCUCUUUAUUAUUGGUGUAGUGAUCGUAUCAAUAAUGCUACUGGAGGUGAUGAUGAGAACAAUUUGCAGGGGAAGAGAUUUCUACAAGAGGAAGUUUGAAGUGUUUGAUACUGCCAUUGUAGUAGCUGCGUUUGUGGUUGACUAUGCAUUCCUGAGUGGACAAUGGAGUGACAAUGCAACCGACUCUGCCACUAUUCUUAUACUUCUGUUGCCUUGGAGGUUCGUCCGAGUCAUUUCAAGUUUGGUCACGGCUAUAACGAACAAACAUCAGAUACAGAUACAGCAACUGAAAACCGCCAAACGGACUUGUGAGGAGAGAUUAACUCACGCGCGAAAUCUCGUGCUACAGAUGGAAAAAGAUGCACAAUCUUUGGCUCUGCUUUGUAAGAGGAAGGGAGCGAAUGAAACCGAUAUUAAGUCAUGUUACUGUAAGACAACAACUGCUGCCGUGUCGACAUUUGCUUCUACAUGUUUGCUGAUUACGGCCCCUUCUUUGAGUGAAACCAGUUUCUACCACCAGGGGUCUCGGGGUCAUCUGUUCCGGAAAGUGUUUGAAGAGGCUGAUGAUGUUAGUUGUGAAGAGAACAAUAAUGUCCUGGUAACUUCAGGGGAUGUCGUUGAUUCUGAACAUCCCCGAACACUCAGGCGCGCAGGUCCCAGGGUACUAAACACCACUCCCUCACCGCCUGGGACCCGUGUAAGUGUGGUUGAACAAUGUCAAGGACUUCUCUCUGGUGAUGAGGUCAGCUUGUCCGAAUCGUCUGAAGAUUAUAUUACUCCAAGGACGGAGAAAACGACGCGUUUAUGA